AACUGGUGUGCUUUAAAUAGGAAAAUAUACAAAAUAAUCGAGAGUAUAAUUAUUACCAAAGAAUUUCUCUAUUUUACACUGAGAGCCCACAGUGCUUUCCUGGUGAUGGCUACCAAUCAACACAACCUCCAGGCUGCCACUCAGAACAGAGGCUGUUGGUUUGCUGUAUUCCGUUGCUUCAACAGCACACCAGUGGACAAGUCGACUGCUCCUAUUGAGUUUGAGAAUCUUGUCACAGCAGAGAAGCGGGCGAACGAGCUCCGGGAACGUACAAAGGUGGUGACAGAAGAGGAGAGAGAACAUGUGAUGAGUGGCAACUUUGAUCAGCUGUUGGCAGAACAAGAGAGAAUGGACAGAGAGAGAGAUAAUGAGCUAAGGAGAAGAGAAGAAGCACUGAGAAUGGAAGAAGAGGCCUACUAUGCUGCUAAGAGAGGGGCCUCACGUAAACUGGCCACUCAGACGCUAACAGACCUCAGCAGUAUGGAAAAGGGUCUGUCAUCAGAGACUAAAAACUCCCCUGACACCCAGCCCUUACAUGCAGCCCACCUCCAGUCUGGUGAGCAGCCUAUAAGCAGUGAGGGACAGUCUGAAGACAUGGGUCCAUGGACAGGGGCUACUGAGGAACCUUCAUCAAGAACAAGAACACUGACUCAGGACGAGGAGGACUUUGACAAAUUCCUGGAGAGUGUCAAAGCUCAGCAGCUCUCACUCUCCACAAAAGUUCCCGAGCCCCACCCCUCACUGUCUGACUCGGAAGAGGAGAUAGACUUUGGAUUCUGGGAGAAGGCGUCCACCCUACCCUCGGAUAAGACCCCAACCAAGGACCUGAACUUGUUAUGAGACUGUCACACAUUUUGUCUGUUUUUGUGGUCUAUUCUGCCAAUUAUUGUUUGCAUAAUUAUUCUAGCUUAAUG